AUGUCUAAGAUCACAGUCGCCGGAGUGCGCCAGAAUGUCGAGCAGCUGCUCGAGUACUCUCUCGAGCAGAAGAAGCGUAACUUCCUCGAGACCGUCGAGCUUCAGAUCGGUCUGAAGAACUACGACCCCCAGCGUGACAAGCGUUUCUCUGGCACCAUCAAGCUGCCCACCGUCCCCCGUCCCAACAUGUCCAUCUGUGUUCUCGGUGACCAGCACGAUCUCGACCGUGCCAAGCACCACGGCAUCGAUGCCAUGUCCGCUGACGACCUCAAGAAGCUGAACAAGAACAAGAAGCUCAUCAAGAAGCUCGCUCGCAAGUACGACGCUUUCCUUGCUUCCGACACUCUUAUCAAGCAGAUUCCUCGUCUCUUGGGUCCCGGUCUCUCCAAGGCUGGUAAAUUCCCUACCCCCGUCUCCCACAACGAGGAUCUUGCCGCCAAGGUCACCGACGUCAAGUCCACCAUCAAGUUCCAGCUUAAGAAGGUUCUUUGCCUCGGUGUUGCUGUCGGCAACGUCGGCAUGGCCCAGGAGGAGCUUGUCGCCAACAUCAUGUUGGCCAUCAACUACCUCGUCUCUCUGCUCAAGAAGGGCUGGCAGAACGUUGGUUCCCUUGUCAUCAAGGCUACCAUGUCUCCUCCCAAGCGUCUCUACUAG